UUCCCGCCAUUCCUGUUGCCAUUUCAGUCUCAAGAAAGGGAAGGUUGAGUGGGGAGUGAUGGUAGUGACCCGCCAUUCCCUUUCCCUCUUCCUCACCAAAGCCGCCGCCGCCACUACCACUCAGAAAUUGGGAAGGAGAGGAACAGGAAGUCGAUCAUUCCCACGUAUCUCUUUUUCUUUCUCCUUCUCGACAGCCUCCGCAGCUAGGACGGUAGUUGGUAUGGGCAGCAGCGGAGACGGUGGUCGUGGCGCUCUCAUCGUGCUCGAAGGGUUGGAUCGGUGUGGAAAGACGUCGCAGUCCACCAGGCUCUUCUCCUUCCUGCAGGAACAAGGGUUCUCCGUUGAAUCGUGGCGCUUCCCUGAUCGGACGACCUCAGUCGGCGGUGUCAUCUCGUCCUACCUCGCAAAUGCUUCUGAGCUGGACGAUCACACAGUGCAUCUGCUCUUCAGCGCCAACCGAUGGGAGAAGAGGUCCCUAAUGGAAAGCAAGCUAAGAAACAGGACCUCAAUAAUUGUUGACCGCUAUUCAUAUUCUGGCGUGGCUUUCUCAGCUGCUAAGGGACUUGAUCUUGAAUGGUGUAAGGCUCCUGAAAUUGGAUUGCUUGCGCCAGAUCUUGUGCUUUACCUAGACAUAAACCCUGAGAAAGCAGCUGAAAGGGGUGGCUAUGGAGGAGAGAGAUACGAACAGCUUGAGUUUCAGAGAAAUGUCAUGAAGCAAUAUCAAAUGCUCCGUGAUCCUACAUGGAAGAUUAUUGAUGCAUCUCUUCCCAUGGAGGAUGUGGAGAAGCUACUUAGAGAUAAUUCACUGGAAUGCAUUGACGCUUGCCUAAAAGGGAAGCCCCUUUCCCAACUCUGGUUAAAGGAUUAGAUUCUUACAAAGGUAAAAAAGUUGAAUCUAGUGGGUAUUGGUCGCAAAGUUCAAAUUUGUUAGAUGUGCAGGCCAUGUCUUUAUAGGUCUGCCUUUAUGAGGCCGCUCUCUCUCCACCUGUGUGUUAACAAGCAAGGGCACUUCCUAAACAUGGAAAACAGGUAACCAAUUUUUGUUCGUGACAAUGUCUUUAAAGAAUAAAAGGAAGGACGGGCCUGCUAGUAGUCAGGUUGCGGUGGUGGAGAGAGAUAGCUACUGACUGAAGCAAUUACGUUAUGUUGCUUGUGAUGCUGUGACUUAACUGGAUUGGGUUGAGCAUCUAAAGUAUGUCUGCUUCAUUUGAACUUGAAGAGUGGCCCAUUCAAAUAAAAUUGUGAAACCUCAGAGCUUCCAGUUUCAAAGUUCUCACUGAGUGGGUUUCUUGUGAAACUACCUGUUCGUUUUAACUAUUGUAUGUUUGCUUGCUUAAUUCAAGAAGAGAUUUCCUGUUUAUUGCCA